AUGGACAAUUUCCUGCUGGCUGUGAUGGCCUAUGAUCGGUAUGUGGCCAUAUGCCACCCUUUACACUAUGCAACCAAGAUGACCCAUCAGCUCUGUGUCUUGCUGGUGGUCGGGUCAUGGGUGGUAGCCAGCCUGAAUGCUCUGUUGCACACCCUGCUCAUGGCUGGACUCUCAUUCUGUGCAGACAACAUCAUUCCCCACUUCUUCUGUGACAUCAUACCCCUCCUGAAACUCUCCUGCUCUGACACACACCUCAAUGAGCUAAUGAUUCUUACAGAGGGAGUUUUGAUCAUGGUCACCCCAUUUGUCUGCAUCCUGAUCUCCUACAUCCACAUCACCUCUGCUGUUCUGAGAGUCUCGUCCACAAGUGGAAGGUGGAAGGCCUUCUCCACCUGCAGCUCCCACCUGGCUGUGGUCUGCCUCUUCUAUGGAACCAUCAUAUCCCUGUAUUUCAACCCCUCCUCCUCUCACUCAGCUGGGAGUGACAUGGCAGCUGCCAUGAUGUACACAGUGGUGACCCCCAUGCUGAACCCUUUCAUCUACAGCCUGAGGAACAGGGACCUGAAAGGGGCUUUAAGGAAAGUGCUUACCAUGAAAUAUUUAUCUACUCAAUAA